AAACAUACAUAUAUAUGUGCAUGUACGACACACCCACAUCCACACGAAAGCUGAGGCACCACAUCAGAUUUCUUUUUUUUUUUUUUUUGGUGUUCAAAUCAUUCAUGAACAAUUAUUGCUUUGAUAUAAAUAUCUGUUUUCCUCUUCCUGCACAUAGAUAAUAUUAUUCCCUUCCUCUCUUAAUUCUUCGUGCUGUGUGCCGCAUGUUGGUCUCUUUGUCUGUUUCUGUUGUUGGUUUCUUUGAUGAUCGCUGCUUCUUGUUAUUGCCUAUACCAGCAACAGAUAGUGUUCUUGUUGCUCCUUUUUUUGGGGCUGGGAUUUGGUUUUCUUUUGGGUUGUCAUAAUGUCGCAGAAGAGGCACCCUGAGGAGCCCAAGUCUCAUUCGGAAGGGCAUAGUCCGGAAGAGAAGAGGAGGAGGUUUAAUUUGAAGAAGAGGUGAUUAAGAUGCAAUCUGUCCAGCAUUUUUUGGAACCUAUUCUGGAGCCAUUGAUUCGUAGGGUGGUCAAAGAAGAAGUUGAAUUAGCUCUUAAAAAACAUUUGGCUAGCAUUAAAAGAAAUAGUGGGAAAGAAAAAGAUUCUCCUGAAUCCAGAAGCUUAAAACUGCAGUUCUCAAACAAACUCUCUCUUCCAGUGUUCACUGGAGCUCGAAUUGAAGGAGAAGAAUGUUCUUCUAUACAAGUAGCUUUGAUUGAUAUUCUUACUGGGAAAAUAGUUAACUCUGGGCCUCAAGCUUCUGCCAAGGUGGAAAUUAUUGUUCUUGAAGGUGAUUUUGAUGGUGAUGAGGGUGACAGUUGGACACAUGAUGAGUUUAAGAGUAACAUUGUCAGAGAGAGAGAAGGAAAGAAACCCCUUCUUACAGGAGAUGUGUUUCUGAAUCUAAGUGAAGGCAUUGGUAUAGCGGGUGAACUUUCAUUUACAGAUAAUUCAAGCUGGACUAGAAGCCGUAGGUUCAGGCUUGGGGCAAGAGUUGUGGAUAAUUUUGAUGGAACUAAUAUAAGGGAGGCAAAGACAGAAUCUUUCAUUGUCAGGGAUCACCGUGGAGAAUUGUACAAGAAGCACCAUCCUCCAUCUCUUUUUGAUGAAGUAUGGAGAUUAGAAAAGAUUGGAAAAGAUGGGGCUUUCCACAAGCGAUUGAGUAGGGAAAAUAUCAACAAUGUGAAGGAUUUCCUGACUCAGCUCUUCAUGGACCCUCAAAGGCUUCGUCAUGUUCUUGGCGCAGGAAUGUCUGCUAAGAUGUGGGAAGUAACUGUAGAACAUGCACGGACUUGUGUCCUUGAUAAGAGAAUGUACUUGUAUUACUCUUCUGGUUCUCAACAGAAAAGUGGUGUGGUCUUCAAUGUUGUGGGACAAGUUAUGGGACUAAUUUCAGAUUGCCAGUAUGUUCCUGUAGAUAAGCUGUCUGAAACUGAGAAGGUUGAUGCUCAAAAUUUGGUAAUUGCUGCAUUUGAACACCCAGAGGAGGUUAUCUCCUUUGAUGAUGAAGCGUCUCUUGUGGAUGGCUCUUCACACUUGUUCAACAUUCCUUACCCCUCAAGUUCACCCAGGACAGAGAAUUCUAAUGGAAGCAAGCUUUUGGCUUCUUCACACAAGAUGAGCGGAUUUGAUUAUGCACAACCAAAUGCUUCUUCUCCUGAUACCAUUUCAUCUAUCUAUUCUGUGGGGGGUGUGAGCAGCUUGGAUGAUUAUGCCUUGUGCAGUAUUGAAAAUAUGGGUCUUAGAUAUGAUCAGACAUUGAGUUUCCCAGGCCAAGUCUCCAACCCUCUCAUAUGUGAGACUGAUGCCGUGACUCAAGCUUUCUGUAAUGAGGAUCAUCUGCGGUUUUUUGAUACAGAUCUUCAGUCUCAGAACCUUAGUUUUGAAGCAUCAGCUGACUUGCAAAGUGCUCUGGAUGGCUUCUUGUUGACGCGUUCGACAGCUGUUGCAGUGGAUAAGGCUCAGAGGAGAUGGACAAAGAUCUCUAGUGUGUUGAAAUGGUUCUCUAUUAGGAAACAUGUGGCUUUAAAAAAGACUUGUGUUCGAGAAAUUCAUAGAUAUUAGUGGAAUAUGCACAAAUUAUAAUGACAGUGGCGAAUAUAGUAUUAGAAAGUGCUGCCCGAGUAAAAUUUUGUGCAGUUUUGGAUACAGUUCGGGGUCAAAAGUUGUAGAUACAUCUGAUCUAUAUAUAUUUUGGUUCAGCCGUGGAGAUUAGGAAAUCUUUUCUUUUGACAUUAAACUGUAUAUAUGUAGAUGCAAUGCAUUGCUUAAGUUGAAGCCUGAAUACAAGAGUUAACAGCCGCGAAAAAAACACUUGUGCUUGAAAUUCUGUACCUUUCAUGUUGUAUUAUUGUAUUUGUGCAUUUGUUCAAUAAAAGAAAUUGAAUCUUUUAUAAA